AUGACGGUUUCAUCUAAGAUGGUUUCGGUUUCGGUCCAGCUAGCUCUGGCCUGUUCAGCAACGACGGUUCAGCUAGCUCCGGCUUUGCCUUAUGGUAAAUUGCAGGUAUUUCCCUGUGCUCGAAAUGUGGGGAACUUGGGUAGGGAUAAGAGGAAGAAGAGGAUGUUGAUAAGGCCACCUAAUCCUCUUGCACCAGAAUCUGAAACUUUUGCUAAGUAUAGAAACUCAUUGAUGUCAGGACAACAAUUGAUUGAGAGUGUUGCCGAACAAGUACCAAAUUUUGGAACUGAACUGAUAGAUGUAGGCAUUGGAUCUUCAUCAUUUGCAAGAGGUGUCAUUGACCUUGUCUUGGGAUAUGUCACAAGCUUGGUGAUUGACUUGGCUAUUUCGAUAGAGGUUGAAGUGCCUGGGGGCCGAGGGAAGCCAUCCAAAAUUGUUGACAAGGAUGAAGGUCUAGAAAAGUUUGAUGCUGCAAAAUUAAGAAAGCUAAGACCAAGUUUCAAGCAGAACGAGGGCUCUGUUACUGCUGCUGCAUUAGUCCUAGUGAGUGGAGAGAAGGCACUUCAACUUGGAUUGCAAGUAAUUGCAAGGAUUAAGGGCUAUGCUGAUGUAGCUCAGGCACCUGAAUUCUUUACAAAUGCUCCAGCCCUUGUGAUACCAAAAGCUAUUUCAAAUGCUGGUUUAGAUGCUUUUCAGAUUGAUUACUAUGAAAUAAAUGAAGCGUUUUCUGUAAGAUUUUAG